AAGCACUUCAUUCAUCCCUAGAAAUAUAACGAAAAGUUUGGCUGUUUCGUUGAGGUUUCUUUUGUUAAUCAAGGGACUUUUUUGUUAGAGACCCAACAUUACGUACAGAUCAAAAGUAUCAAACUGUGUGUGUCCCUGUUCGAUUAGACUUGACGCAAUUGCGCUACAACUUGACGUGCACUUUCCAAAUUUCUUUUGUUUUCAUUUUCGUUUUCCUUGUUUUUUGUUUUGUUUUGUCCCAGCUCCGGUCAGGGGAAAACUUAACGAGAAACCGUAAGUUCCGACCAGACACAGAGCUUUUGUUGAUUGUUUUCAGGGCUGAAGCCGUAAACCGGAACUUACGUUUGAAAGGCACCCAACUUUCCGGGUAGUUGUCCCGGUGAUUCCCAGAUUGCUACUUGGACACAUCCGCACACCACUAAUAAAAUUUUGACAAGUACUUGGCCCUAAACGCUACAGAAGGGGAAACAUAGUUAAUGGGAAGAACGAUGGAGGACAGUCCUCAACAAUCAAAUUUCUUUGAUACAGCUAAUAGGGUACAACUAGCGAACUCCAUUUUAGGCACAAAUCACAGAGGCACACCACAGAGAUACAGCCAAAGUCCAUACCUCCUGCAUACCACACAGAGGGCAAACAAUAUUGGACUCAUCGCAGCAGGGAACACACAAGUUUCUCAGUCGUAUCCUGCCUAUCCUAAUAUUCCACAAGAACCUUAUUCAACGGUGCCCAUCAUUGAGACGCUUCCAUCGCAGGCUAUGAGUAAUCCACAAUCGUUUCAACCAACUCAGCAACGGAAUUUGAACGGACAGAGAACGCAGGCACCUAAUAUGGCAACGGUAAAUCAGCAGAACCCCAAUCCGAGCUCCAAUCCAAACCCUGUGACACCGAACCAUUUCUACGUGGAGGAGUCACCAAUGGCAUUCAGCACAGAUGAUACCUUUCCACCUAUGCUGCUGGACUCUUUUAACCCAACAGAGGACGUUCCACGACUACAGGAAAUUGAAACUGUGUCACCUCAAACGACUACGGAUCUUAUGCAGUAUAGGGCUAACCCGUUAACGGCAUCCAGCAGUACAUCCACAUCGGCGACCAAUAAGAAAUCAACAGCAGAACAGAGUCCUAAGAAGUACAAGAAUGGCGCCUUAGCGUUGACAGAGAAUGGUAAACAUCAUUCAUCGCAUAAGAGCUCGAAGAAACAUACCAAGAACAGACCUGCCUUUGUAACUAAGCUAUGGACGAUGGUUAACGACCCGGCAAACCAGGAGUUAAUAAACUGGUCCGACGAUGGGCUAUCAUUCAUCGUUGACAACAGAGAGUUGUUUGUGCAGCAAGUAUUACCCAAAUAUUUUAAACAUUCGAAUUUUGCCAGUUUUGUUCGACAGCUAAACAUGUAUGGCUGGCAUAAAGUUCAGGACGUUAACUCUGGGUCGUUGCAUAGUGAUGAGAGAUGGCAGUUCAACAAUGAGAACUUCCAACGUGGUAAGCCGGAGUUGUUGGACCAGAUUGUUCGUAAUAAGCCACAAGAUGACGCCGAUGAAGCAGAGAGUGCACAGCAACAGGCAAACGGAUUCAAGGGAAUCAACGUUAAGCUGUUGAUGAACGAGCUAUCCACCCUCAAGACGAACCAGUUGAAGAUUACAAAGGAAUUAUCGCGUGUUCGCCAGGACAACGAGCUAUUAUGGCAAGAGCUAUUUACCACACGUGAGAAGAAUGCAGUUCAGAACGAAAAGAUUGAAAAGAUCUUACAAUUUCUGGCGUCUGUGUAUGGGAAUAGGGUACAAGUGCUUGAAGAUGAUAGCGAUGACCAUUUGAGAGAUUCUCAGGUCCAGAUGUACUCUAGUCCAAGUUACAUGUAUCAACAACCAGUUUCCCAGCAACAGAGUGACCCAUACUCUGAAGCCACGAGGUUUCAAAAACCAAGACUGUUGAUCAAACAACGCAGCUCGUCGAAUUCUUCCUCAUCUCGUGCUGAUAGCGCAAGAUCUUCAGUUCCUGUGUCUGGCAGACCCACGAUCUCUGAGCUUCCCGAGUCACCAGAGAAUUUGAACUCGGAACAACUCCAGCAGUUGAUAGAUGAGACCAACUCAAGCACCGUGCCCAAGACCGAUUCUCUACAGACAUUACAAGGUGCAAACAACCCCAAUCUGGACUCAUUGUCCAAGACCAUUGAGCAGCAAGGCCAGUCCAUCGACGACAUCAUAACAAAAUUACAAACGCAGCAGUACAACGCAUCUUCUGUCGGACAGGACUCCACGCCUGCGGGGAACUUUGAUCUCGAUGAGUUUCUGAACCAAGAUAUUGACCCUGAUGACAAUGCUACGCUACAGCUCAACCCAAUCGCAGAUAAGCCUGGCACCAUACAUGAGCUGCCCGAGGAGGAUGUUGAUGUUCAACAAUCUCCCGAGCCAGCGAAAAAGAAGACCAGAUCAGCUUAGCACUUUUCAAUUCUAACAAUCGUCUAC